AUGGUGUACGAGACCCCUGUUGCCAGUGAUAUGGACCUUGUAGCACGCAUAUCGGUUGCCGCCGCAAACAUCCGGGAAACGCCAGGCGUGGAAGAAGAUUGGCCUACUGGAGGUGCUAUAUCAUUCAAGAACGUCACAAUGAAAUAUGAUUCAAAUGCUGACCCAGUGUUGAAAAAUGUUUCAUUAACUAUCAAACCUGGAGAAAAGGUUGGAAUAUGUGGCAGAACUGGAAGUGGAAAAUCAUCGCUCAUCAUGGCACUGUAUCGAAUGGUGAACACCAUCAGUGGUAAAAUUGAAAUUGAUGGUGUUGACAUCCAAGAUGUCCCACUUGAAACUUUGAGAUCUAGGUUGUCCAUUAUUCCUCAGGAGGCUGUCAUAUUUUCAGGAACUGUUAGGGAAAAUUUAGAUCCUGGGAAACAGUAUUGUGAUAAGGAAAUAUGGAAUGCCCUAGAGGCAGCUCAGUUAAAAAACAUCAUUGCUGCAAUGCCUGGAGGUUUAGAUGCUCAAGUUUCUGAUGAAGGGUCAAACAUGAGUGCUGGACAACAUCAGUUGUUCUGCUUGGCCCGUGCACUUAUCAGGAAAUCAAAGAUCCUUGUCAUGGAUGAAGCUACGUCAUCUUUAGAUCCUGAAACUGAUCACAUUCUCCAGAGUGUAGUGGCCGAACAUUAUGCUGAUUGUACAGUUCUUUCUAUUGCUCACCGUGUUCAAAGUAUUUUGGAGUUUGACAAAGUCAUAGUUCUCGAUGCGGGAAGAGUUGCUGAAGUCGGAAAUCCCAAGGAGCUGCAGGAAGUAAAGGGAAGUAUCUUUGCUUCACUCGUUAAAGCAAGCUACCAGGCUCAUUGACAUCAGCCUAGAAAGUCUCAUUUUGAGUUUGCCAUCCUUGAACGAAUGUUUUAAUUCUGAAGAUGGACAUUUCCAUGGAAAUUUAAAAGAAUGUACAUUGAAUGUAUUAC